ACCUCAACUAAAACCAGCAGCAGACGGGCAGCAGCAGCGGCGGAGGAGAACAAACAUGAAUCCGUGGCGCAGCGGCCCGGAGAUGGACGGUGCGUAAAAACCGGUAAACAGAUAGAUCAACGAUCGAUCAGUGAUCGGAUGUCAGCCAGGAGCGGGCCGGGAGAGAGAAGAACCGGAGGGGAAACAUGAGUCGGCAGCAGCAGCAGACCCAGGGAGUGGUUCUAACGGGUUACCACAGCAACGCGGAACUGGUGCCGCAAACGAGGCUGUGCGCGUCCAGCUGCCCGCAAGUCCCGCACGUCCCUCAGAACGCAGAGCCCAGUCGCAGGACCGGCCACUACAGCCUACAGCAGAACCAGAACACCCAGCAUGGAGACAGAUAUGGACCCUCAGAUCCCAAUUCCAGCUCUGCACCGCAUCCCAGAUCUCAGCCGUCCUCCAGCCCAAAGCUGGGUUCAAGCCCCCGGCAGAGUCCCAACUCCAGGCCCAGACCCCCACACACCUAUCAGCGCUACAACUCUCAGGACUCUCUGGACGAGCUGGAGAUGGACGACUACUGGAAGGAGGUGGAGAACAUUAACCGGUCAGGAGGAGGAGCACCCAGAGGAGAAGGUGGAGGAGAUGGAGAGGUUCAAGAGGAGGAGCAGCAGAAAACUCCUGAAGAAGGUGAGCAGGAGGAGGCGUGGCUAACGGAGGCGGGGCUGCAGCAACUGUUCGAUGACUCAUUGGCGGAUGAUCAGGAUCAGGACGUAGACAGCGCAGUGUUUCUGUCGACGCUCACCAGAACUCAGGCGGCGGCGGUUGAACGUCGCGUCCAGCAGACGCUACGACGACGCAACCGGCAACACCUUCCUGAUGUUCGGGACAUAUUCAGACCUCCAGAAAAGAACGACGAGCCUCACAAACUUAAAGGGGGAAGUGAGAACGGACAAAAAGACUCAUCUUCAGCCGCAGAAACGGAGACGGAGCUGAACGUUGAAGUAGCGUUUUCAGAGCAGGCGCUGUUCUACCGGGACAACCAUCAGAGGUUAAAGGUCACGGCCAGCCCCAGCCCCAACUCACCUGACGACAAACUGCCGAACUUUAAGCUGCUUCGAGAUAAAACAGGUCAGACCAGAAUCGGAGAUCUGUCUCCUCUGGAUAUGAAAAAGGUUCGCCGGCUGGUGCUGGUGGAGAUGACGGCUUUGUUCGACACGGCAGGCAUCGACGUGAAGACGCACAAAGCUGUCAAAGUCAAGACUAAAGAAACUGGUCUGUUUGGCGUCCCGCUGCAUAUUCUACUGGACCAGGACCAGAGGAAAGUUUCUGGAACCAAAGUGCCAUUUUUUCUGCAGAGGCUCAUUAGUCACAUAGAGCAUGAGGGUUUGGACACUGAGGGGCUGCUGAGGAUCCCUGGAGCUGCAACCAGAGUCAAGUCUCUGUGUCAGGAGCUCGAGUCCUCCUUCUUUGAUGGGACGUUUCAGUGGCAACAGCUGAAACAACACGACGCUGCGAGCCUGUUGAAGCUGUUCAUCAGGGAGCUCCCUCAUCCGCUGCUGACUGUCGAGUACCUCAAUGCCUUCAUCGCCGUCAACAAACUUCCUACAAAGAAGCAGCAGCUGCAGGCGUUAAACCUGCUGGUUCUUCUGCUGCCCGAAGCCAACCGGGACACUCUGAAGGCGCUGGUGGAGUUUUUCCAGCGUGUGAUCAACUAUCAGGCCAAGAACAAAAUGACUCUGAACAACGUCUCCGUCAUCAUGGCGCCCAACAUCUUCAUGUUUAAAGGCUUUCGGUCCAAAGUUACAGAGCAGCAGGAGUUCUCCAUGGCGACCAGCACGGCCAACAUCGUCCGGCUGCUCAUCCGAUACCAGAAUCUCCUCUGGACAAUCCCAAAGUUCAUUGUGACUCAGGUCAGACAGCAAAACAUGGAGAGUCAGAGGAAACAGCAUAAAGAGAGAGCUGUACGGAAGCUGCUGAAGAAGAUCACAACUGAGAAACCACCUGAAAGAGCCAUUCCUGAGGAGAGUUCGCAGGGUUUCAUCCGAGUUCAGGCGCCGCAGUUCAGUAAAAUUUCGAUGGCAGUUCAGCUGACUGAAGAGCUGCAAGCUGCAGAUGUGUUGACUCGCUUCAUCAACAAGGACAGCUCAGUGGCAGUGAAGAAAGAAGAGUUGUGUCUCUAUGAGAUUGGUGGAAACAUCAAGGAGAGAUGCCUGGAUGGAGAAACCUACAUGAAAGAUCUUUUCCAGCUGAAUCCUACAGCAGAGUGGGUCAUCAAAGCCAUGCAGCGAUAAACUCACUUUCUAGGAACGUGUUCUGCUGGAUGCUACAAAUCUUUACCACUGUGUCCUGCUGGGAGGAAACGUCACCUGGUUCUCUGAGGCUUCUGCUGUCUCUGGAUCCGUUCACAACAACCAAAAACGCCUAAUUUCAUUACAUUACAGUGUUCUGCUGGGAGAUUCUUUGUUGGGGCAUUCAUGUGGAUGUUACUUUGACAUCUACCUAAACAAUAAUGCAGACCAAGCGCACCCUCGUACAGCAACAGGACUCCCCCUGCAGGACAAGAUGCUCUAAACUCUAAAAACUGCUCAGGAAAGGCUCGAGGAACACGACUGUGAGCCUGAAAGUGUUGACUUGGCCUUUAAACUCCCCAGAUUCCCACUGUGUGUUCAAUCGGUCCUGAAAUCUACCUGAAAAUGCAUGAUUUUAGAUUAAAAAAUGUGGUAAUACAUUUCUUUUCCAGUUCGUUGCAUAUCCAGAAUUCCCAAAGGCAAAGAUAAAAAGGGAGGUUAGAGCUUGGGAUUAUGAACAUUUUGAAUUAUGCUGCUUAUAGGAUUUUUUUGGUCUUCAAGUUCAGCUAGAUUGAAGUGCAGUGCAGUUGUCCAGGUGAAAGAAAACCACUCGUUUGGAGACCUUAUAAACUGUGAUUUAUUGCAAGUAAUGAUUUUAUUCUGUGUGCAGAAAUGAGAUUAAAUAUUUAGCUUGGUGCAUUAAAUCAUAAAAUCACACGUCAGUCACAUUAACAAUUCAAAGUCCAUUAUCUGUUGGCUAAUUCUGAGACUCUUAUCUAUUUAUACUUUCUUUUAAAUCCAUGACAGGUGAAUAAUUUUCCACUUCAUUGAAUAUCGAAGCUUCUCAAAGGAGGAGCAAGCUUCGAAAUUAAUUGUUUCUUGUGAAUCCAGCAAAAAAGGCUCAAAAUGUUUCUUCUUCUGGGUUUUUGUGAUCAUGCCAUUGUUAAUCAGCAAGAGGCACGCGAUGAUGACAUCACUGUUUUUAUGGUACAUUAAUAUUUCUGGAUGUUUGAGUAUGUUGAUGUGUUACUCCAUCUUUUAAAAACCACUGGACAGAAGCACAGAAAUAUUUUUUUAUACAUAUAUUAAAGGUGUGUGUGUAAGUUCACAGGGAAACUAUUAAGUUUUGUACCAAAUACCUGAUUAUGAUAAAGACAUGUUGGACUAUUUUAAAGAAAUAAACUGCUGACUGUGUAAAUGGCCUUAUGGCACGAUAAAUUUGCACAUAAUUGGUUCCAAAAGUAUGUGGACUAAUGCUUUUGUCAUUUGUUAUUUUGAUUUUUGGUUCUUUACAAUUUAGAUAUCGGCUGAUAUCGUACAUUAACAAAGGUUCCAUCUUCAUUUUAUAUUUUUUGGCACAUAUUUGUGCUUCUCUCAGCUUUUAACAGUCAUAAAUCAUUAAGCUUCUCCUGUGGAAAGCUGUAAAGUUUUAACUAGAAACAAUUAAUGAAUUAUUUUGCAUAUUUUGUGAGCAGUCUGUCACUCCAUGUUGUAUUAUGUUGUUUACUGUGACUGUUUUGUCUUUUAUCCAGAUCAUGAUGUCUAUAUGUAACUGCCUGUGAUAUGACCACUAAAACUGCCUGAAAAUAAACAUGCAGUAAUUAAUUACCACA